UAGGAAAAAUGCAACUGCCAUGUAUCAGAAAGCAUAUGCCAGUAGUUAAAAUAAGAAUAUCAACUAACAGCAUGCAUGUACUGGCCGAUAUUCCCUUCCAUAUAUGUACAUCAUUAUAUUAACUGUCAGUUUUAAAUACUGUUUGAGGAAAAUGAUCAGAUAUAUAAUACUAAAAUUGGUUUAUGUAAGAACCUACUUUAUUGUCAUUAUAAUUCUAUGUUCAUAACAUGGCAUUUAUUAGAGCAAUUAAAAAUGUGGUGUGUUAAACACUUUGGGAUAAAGUUUUUAUCUACACAGCUUCUUUGUGCAGUUUAAAGUAAUCAAGACACUCAUUACCCAAUAGUCAGGUGACAGUAUACAUAGUUACACUGUUUGCUCCUAUCAUACAAGUGUCAUUUGACAGCAAACUUGGUUGCUGUUCAGUUCAGUUCAAAAUUUCAUAUUACUUGCCUGUGUUAAAUAAUAAUUGUGUGUGUUUUCUGGGAUAUUUAUUGUAAACAAAUACUUGGACAUAAAUAUUUCAAUUGAUUUUAGAUUGUAUAAUCUUGUUUGUUGAAAGUGAAUCAUCAAAAUGGCAACAUCUGCAUUUUCUAGAAAUUUUGAUUUGGUUAAAUAUUAUUGUUGUACAAUCUGCGAGAAAGAACGGUCUGUAGAAAUAGAUGCAGAAUUUUACUGUAAAAAAUGUCGCAAGUAUUACUGCAAACCAUGUAUUCACUCUCAUAGAAAGCAUGGUUGGUGGUUUAAUAAAAAAUCUCCUUAUGGAAAGGAUAAAGUUAUGAAGUGGCCACGUUCUAAGAAAAUGGAGAAUUAUCUCAUAACAUGCAACAUACACAAGAAUGAAACAAUAACAGCAUUGUGCAAUGGCCAUAGUGAGCUGUGCUGCUCCAGAUGUGUUGAGCUUAAUCACAGCCAGUGCAGUAAAGUGACUCCAAUUAAUGAGCUGACUGACAUGCAGCCCACAGACCUACAGGGACUGUCAGUGGAGCUGGAAACUGUUCUGGGAGAAAUCAAAAGCCUUCAGAUCAGUCAGGAGCUCAGUGUUCAGGCAUUGCUAAGAACAUAUAAGGAACAUGUGGCAGUCAUGAUAGAACAAAUGCGUGGCAAUUUAAAUUUUAAUAUAGAUGAUAUAGAUGAGUGUGGUAAUAGUUAUGUGGGUACAUCAGGCGGACAUGAGCAAUAUUUAAAAGAAGAGAUGUGUAGGAGUGUUCUUUUUAUCUUGAAUGAAUUUGAUAAUAUUACUGUGAAGGAACUAAACGAGAUGAGAGAUGAAGUUAUAAGCAUAAAAGGGUCAGUUACAAGUUCUAUUCAUAAAUGCACCAGUCUUCACAAUGACUUGUCACAUUUCCAUGAAUUUGUUCAGAAAAUUGGAGAUAAUAAGGAGCUCUGCCUUAUAGCCAGCAUAAAAUGUAAGCAUAUAAUACAGCAGGCAUUAACUCUGCUAGGAAAGUCAAGCAAGGUGUUUAAUGUCCAGAGUAAUACUAAGCACAAUGUGAGAAUACCAAGUGAUUCAGGUGAAUGUUAUAUCGGUGGCAUAUGUGUUCUUCCCGAUGGGCAUGUACUGGUUGUAGACUGUACAAAUCAGAAUGUCAAGAUGCUGAACCAGCAGUACCAGGUGGUGAGUCACUGGGAUGUGAAUGCUCGGCCAGUUGACAUUUGUUUGAUCACACCCAGUGAGGUUGCAGUAGCAGUGAAUGACCAUGAUAGCAAGAUACAUGAGGUCCAGUUUAUCACUGUCAACCAGGGAAAGCUCGUUCCUGGCAGGAAGUUUCAGUUACAACAUGAAUGUAGAGUUAUUGACCAUCACCAAGGAGUCCUUUUUGUCAUCUCUAGUGAAGAACUGUACAAAUACACACUGAAUGGCAAACAGGUCUGCAGUCUCUAUAGGUCAUUUGAAUAUAAAGUAGACAAGUGUGCUGUGAGUCCCACAGGAGACAGGCUGUACAUCACCAGCUACUACAACUACAAGCUUCACACCCUGGCCAGGGAUGGCACACUCCUGGCUACAUACACAGACCCAGCACUAAAUGGCCCACAUGGUCUACAUGUGACCCCUGCAGGCCAGGUGCUGGUCUGUGGAGCCAAGUCGCACACUGUACUACAGGUGGGCUGGGAGGGGCAGAGUAAGCUGGCUAAUCUUGCUACUGAGGAGGAUGGAGUGAGCUGGCCACGGUCAGUCUGCUACAGCAGCACCACAUCAUCCAUCAUUGUGGGACAGUGGGACGACAACAUCCUGGUGUUCAGAGUGGAAUAGUGUUUACAUUGGCUGCUGAGUCGGGACAAGGAUGCUGAGGAUGUGGUGGACAAGGAUGACCUGAAUACACAGAAGGAGAGCCCCGGUUUUGAUAUAGAGUUGGUACGGCAACAGCACCAGUCGGGCCCGCACAAGCCUCAAGUCAAGCACGACCCCUCCCCUGACCCCUAGCUUCUCCCAUUUGACUUCCAGCUUCAAAGGGAGAGCCCCGGUUUUGAUAUAGAGUUGGUACGGCAACAGCACCAGUCGGGCCCGCACAAGCCUCAAGUCAAGCACGACCCCUCCCCUGACCCCUAGCUUCUCCCAUUUGACUUCCAGCUUCAAAGGGUCAGCAUCGUUGAACAAAUUCCUCCUAUAAAAAAUUUUGAGCACAAAGAGUUUUCACACAUGGUUCUCAUCAACCACAAUUUUCAUGUCGAGUGAUCCGCACUUGAGCCUGUUUGGUUUGUUAGACCCGAGUGCCAGAGAUGGGACAACCUUUACAGACACAAGGACUUAUUGCAGCAGUUAUGGCAACAUGUACAGUCAGUUCUCAAUGUUGGACUUCACAACUAAUAUCACGAUAAAUACAAAGUUGGAUAACUCGUUCCAUUCUUUUUGGGACAAACAAUACAACGGAAAGUAACAAGAGAAAAUCAAGGAAUAUUUGUAGAGUUUUAGUCGGAAGCGUAUGCUUACCACUGGCAUACUCCUGGACAGUCGUAACUUUACGGACAGUCCCGAUUUGUCCUCACAGGUGUCCAAACUGUCCAAAGAGAACGCACUUUUGACGCAGUUGCUAACUUAGAAAGGCAGCACCUACUUUGUUGUGAACACUCAGAGCAUCCAUGGCCAUGCCUCAGGCGGGAAGUUCGACCAACAGCUGAAACAAGAUGCUAAAGGUGAACCCAUCAGGGUUUGUAACUUCCCACUCCAAUCCUUAACAGCCUGGCAUUGAGUCGGCGCUUGAGAAGGCGUUGAAAAAUGACAGCAGUUUUGUUUUGUGGUCCAGUAUGCCCUUUGGCUCUCAACCUGAUGUUAGGUAGAACUCAAACUGGGCCCUUAGCAAUAUCAGCGAGGCUAGAAUGUCAUCUCUGCAUCUUGAGCUUCAGAAAACAUUAUAAGCAAACAAGACAAACAUCAUGAAUGUUUAGGCAAUCCCAAUCCACUUAUACUACAACUCGCUCAGGAAAUUCAGCACGCCACCUUUUAACAUCUUCUCACAAGGCCCUAAAUCAACACUUCCAACAGCCGAGCCUUGGUGAGUUAAACUUUCAUCAUGACGAGUCACUCGAGAUGAAACAAUCUGAUCCACAGAUAGAGCAGACGCUGAGUGACUCGUCUGUUAACGUGACUGACCUUUAUAUGUUGCUCUCUAAUAAUGUGAACCUGGCGCCUGAGGAGCAGUGCUGUCCUACAUUCCCUGUUCUGGGUGGAGACUUUGGCGUCAAGACUCACACAAUCUCUGGCCCUGUCGCAGCAGCAACAAAAACAGGAAGUAUUUCAGCUGCACUCUGGGAAAACAGGGCUUAAUGCAUGUGCCUAAAGUGUUGUCCCAGAAAAGUGUGUAAAGUCUGCCCAAGCUAAUUUGUGACCACACUUUCCGAAUAUACCUUAAAACAAAGAAUUCCAUAAAAGCUGAAAGUGUCGUGGCUGAUAAUUUUGUGCAGACUGUACAGGCAAAUCUGGAACAACUCUUUGCGCUUAUGCAUUUAGCCCAGUUUUUAAAGAGUUUAGAGUUGCACAUUUAGUUCACGUUACAUCAGCUUUUUUCUGACCUUUCUGUAGAAAAGUUCCUAUUACUGAUCAGAAAUUUUGUGUUUUUAAAUUGGUCAAACUGACUAAAUAAAUACAUAUAAGAGUUGAUUUGACAUCAGUUUUAAUCAUAAAGGGUCAGGGCAUAUUUUCAUACAUUUUUGUGCAAAAAUUAAGCCUCUAAACCAAAAGGUUUUUGUUUUGUUUUCCACAUGUAUAUUUACAAAAUUCCCCUUGCAUAAAUUAAAGAAAAUGCUGGUUAUUUUAAAUUAAACAAUUAUUGAAAUGCAGUCAACAUUCUAUGAAAUAAUUAUCUGCAUUUAUUUUUAAAUAAGGAUAUCUAUAAAUUAAAAUUAACCACCUGUCCAUGUUUUAAGUAUACAAAUACGCGCUGGAGUAAGAAUAUGCCAGGUUUUUUUUUGGGUUGUGGGGGAAGGGGCCUUUAGCCCUUAUGUUGGGGAAAUUCUACGCGGGAUUUUCCACUUUGGGGAAAAAAUGUGCGCGUGGGAAUUUUCGCGGCAUUUCCCUUUUUGGGGGAUUUGUUUACUUACUUUCUCAUUAUUACAAUACAUGUGUACAUGUUUGAACUAUAUUCAUUGUUUUUUUCAUAAUUUAUUACGUUUGGCAAGAUUAAAUUAAAAUAGAAUUGAGAUAAUAUAAUCAUGAGACACAUCUUUCUAUUAAAAAAAAAAAAAAAAAAAAAAAUUGGGGGGGGGGGGGAAUUUUUGGUUCUGAAAGGGGAAAAAACCAGCCUAGUUUGGUGGGGGAAGACGCCGAUAUUCGGCGUCUGUUAUAUAAGGUAAAAAAAACUCUGUAUGCCCUGAAGAUAUUUAUUCAUUAUACCCCCGUGAUGAUUGGGGUAUAUAGGGUAUAUAGGAAUCACCUUGGAUGGAUGUCUGUCGGUCUUUGUAAAUGUCUGUGGCCUGUGGGUGUUCACUUACAAAUUCAACGUUCAGCAUUCAAACUUUCAGGUAGUUUCAUUCUCAUAUGAGGUUGUGCAUCUACAUUUUGUAUCAUAUUUCACUGAAAAUUACAACACUUAGACAAUCUAUAACAUCAUGCGACAUAUUAUGACUUGCAGAAUUGGAUGAUAGUUUACGUCACAAUGGUUACAACUUUUUGUUUGACUAGAAAGCAAUGAUACCUUUUUAGCUUAUAGUAUUUGUAUACAGAUUAGAAGAUGUAGUUUCUUCUAACAAUUAAAAAACACAUCAUAUUUUGCUUUGGGAUAUAGUCAGCCACAUAACUUGUUAAUUGAAUGGUCAUGAAAUAAUUGUUAUGUCCAUUUUCUCAAUGAUUAUAGUAUGGCAGUUGUCAGUUACUGGCAUAAGUAUAUGCACUAAGUUGAUCCAGGAAAAGGUUAAUUUAAUGACCACACUGCUACGACUAAAAUGCAUUUUUAUUUGUGUAGAGGUCUAUUAAAAUAUGAUAAAAUUCCUGGAUUUUCUAGAUUUUCCAGUUCCUGCAGGACCCCAUGUAAUCACACAUCUUUACACAGCUGAACAACAACAGGCCCUCUGGUCAGUUGGGCUCCCACAUCCAUGGACAAUGCCUUGGUAAAGGCGUCAAGCUCUUGGGUCAGGAAUUUUGGGCAAAGCUCCUACCCCCAGGGUACAGCCAGUCUAACCAUGGGACUCCAAACUUCACUGCUUAGAGGCCAAGACCACCUCAUCUACAAGGGGCCUUUCCCUCACAAGUUCAGGCCCAGAGAACCAUGUUACCCAACUCAAGCUCAGGCACUACAUCUCAACAGGAAAAACUGUCAAUUUACAAAGCACCCUUCCCUGAAAAUCUGGCCAAGCUAAUACACAUUGUGAAUGCAUCAACGUGACCCUUCAGAGAAACAGGAUUCCAGGCCGAAUGUCAAACCGUCUGGGCUCCAGCAGCAGCCUCAGCCGUGGGGGUCAGGUUCAUGAUGCACCUAUGCUCUCAAUGCUCUAUGAACAUCAUAAUCUCACAGCAACAGUGGAUAACAUGACCUUCAAGUUGGGGAUGGUUGAGGGUCUCCCAAAACCACCCAGUGCCUUGCGAUGAAAACCUCCAACGGGACUGUGACCUUGCCCUUGGACUCACCUAAUGGUCAGGUUCAAGGUCACAUGGGCUUAGAUAGUCACUGCAGUAAAAAAGUGUAUGGUUUUAAAGUAAAGAAGAUGACUUCACAACGUGACAUCCAAGACUGCAGGGACGAAAUGACUCACGCCAGCAGAGGAAGCCAAGACACAAUACGAGAAUUUCCAGCGACUUACCUGCUUAAAACCUGGGUAGCAGAGCAAUGAGUAUAUCUCAGGAGCAUUUGCAGUCACAGCAAGUGAACCAGCGGCAGUCAUCGUCUCUAGAUUCCGAGAUCCCCAUGCUUCACAACCCUCAGUCUAUGAACAUCAUGCAUAGCAAACCUUGGACGUCCAUUGACGAAAUCAAACCGGCAAAUCAGAAGGACAGCCUGUUGCUACAGUUGUUAUCAUAUUAACCCCAGUCAUACCGAAGAAGCUCAGAGAUAUAAAUGCUGUUUAAGAUGUGCUAGUUUCUGCAUACUCCAUGUCUGGUGUGAACAUGUACAAAUGAAAGUCUCUACAUACCCCAUGUCUGAUGUGAACAUGUUCAAAUGAAAGUCUCUACAUACCCAAUGUCUGAUGUGAACAUGUACAAUUGAAGGUCUCUACAUACCCCAUGUCUGAUGUGAACAUGUACAAUUGAAAGUCUCUGCAUACUCCAUGUCUGGUGUGAACAUGUACAAUUGAAAGUCUCUACAUACCCAAUGUCUGAUGUAAACACGUACAAUUGAAGGUCUCUACAUACCCCAUGUCUGAUGUAAACACGUACAAUUGAAGGUCUCUACAUACCCCAUGUCUGGUGUAAACACGUACAAUUGAAGGUCUCUACAUACCCAAUGUCUGAUGUAAACACGUACAAUUAAAGGUCUCUACAUACCCCAUGUCUGGUGUGAACAUGUACAAUUGAAGGUCUCUACAUACCCCAUGUCUGAUGUAAACACGUACAAUUGAAGGUCUCUACAUACCCCAUGUCUGAUGUAAACACGUACAAUUGAAGGUCUCUACAUACCCCAUGUCUGAUGUAAACACGUACAAUUGAAGGUCUCUACAUACCCCAUGUCUGGUGUGAACAUGUACAAUUGAAGGUCUCUACAUACCCCAUGUCUGGUGUGAACAUGUACAAUUGAAGGUCUCUACAUACCCCAUGUCUGGUGUGAACAUGUCUCAUCUUUGAAAUUGGAAAAUUAGUGACUUGAUUCAGACAGAAAUCGCAUAAUGACAAAUCACAACAAAAAAUGGAAAGCCAGAAAGUCUUGUGGCCAGCAAUGUUUUUAUGUGACCAUCCAAGUUGUGUUCAAAGAAAAACAAUAGUUUAUGUUUUAUUGGAACUAUGAUGCAGUCAGUCAUUUUAUGUUGAAGGCUUUAAAUAACUAUAUUUAAAUAUAAUAAGAUUAAGAUUACUUGAUCAAAGAAAUAAUGUAAAAUAGUAUUUUAAGCGCAAAAUUUACAAGUCUAUCCAAUUACUGUGUCUGUAUUAUGACAUUUUAUUUUGGAAAUGUUAAGGAAAAUAUAAUGUAAGUAAAUAUAUGUCUAUGAAUGUUGAUUUUAACAUUUGUCAAAGCUGUUUAAAUGAUGCUGGUAACUUUGACAAAAUUUAAAGAAAUGUAUUAUUUUCAUGUCAUGAGACAUGCUUCAGUUUUUGUGUGGCUUAACCUGUAAUAUAGAGGUGGUAGUUACAAGAAUUGUUUAGCCAGAUGGAGAACGUUUAUGCUAUGGCUUUGAUACUCUUAAGUGUGCCCAUUGGUGUCAGGUUUUUAUCAAGAAUAUUGUUUAUUGUCUUACUAUUUCUUGAAAAUAUUGAUUAAUUUUAGACAAAAUCAUUUUAUCUUCCUUAAAUUGUCUUUUCUGUAGUUACGACCAGUUAUUUAUUAAUUUGCAUAAAUAUGAUUUAAGAAUGACCUUUGUGUUGCUUAAAAUGCUUUAUUUGUUUUGAAACUUAGUACUUAAAAACGAAAAUAUGAGGUGUAGGAAUAAUGGCCAAAGUUAUGAUAAUUAUUUUUUUGUUUUUGUAAAGUUUAUUAUGCUUUAUAUGUUUGUGUAUAGGCAUUUAGAGGAACAGAUUAACUUGACCAAUAAUUCGUGAUCAGUGAUACAUUUGUCACUUGUAUAUAGAGCGAUUGCAAAAUGAUUGUAUUUGCAAUGUAAAUCAUGCGUUUAUUGUUGCCAUUUUGAUUUUCGCUGUUAACAUUUAUUUGUACUAACAAUUUUCAUCAUGUAUAUCUUUUAGGUGACAGAUAUUUAAAAAAAAACAUUGCUUGUGGGAAUGCUCAUUUAAAACUUUCUUAAUGAUACAGAACAACAAAUUCUGAAGAGGCAAAUAUCAUUUAGACAAUAGGAACAUCUUGUUACUAGUAUAUGUAAUGCCUUUCACUAAAUAAAGUCAAGCAACUAUUGAAAGAUUGGUUAAACUUUAUUUGCAUUAUUUUAAGAAAAAUUCAUAUAUUCAACUUGGAAAUCAGUCAAUUGCAAAUCAAGCGAGAGUGAUGAAUAUUUGUACGCAAGAUAAAGGGAUGUUUUUGCUUGAAAAAAAGUUGUAUCCCUUGUUAGAUAAUGAUUUUGUUCAUCUCUCAACAUAACAAGUGCAUUCAUACAGCUAUUAAAAAUAUGACACACUUAAUACUCAGCCAUCAGUUUGUAUUGGGGUUUUGUGGAAUACUUACUUAACUAAUAUACGUCUGUUCAAUGAAUUAAUAGUUAUGGUACAAUAUGAUACUGAUUGUUAAAAAACAUGUGUAAUAAAAAUAUAAUGGCAUUUAUUUGAAAUUAUAAAAUUUAGUUUUCCAUACAAUGCUUACAGUUUUGCAAUUGCGACGAUGAAGGAAAUGUUCUGCUCAAAAUGUCUGUUAAAGACAUGUGUAUAUUGUAGCAAUUAUAUUGUACUUGUAUUUAUAUUAUACAUGAUAAUAAUUGACUUAUGGCUGAUGAUAGCGGCAGUUAACUAGUCGUGUAACAGUUUGUUUCACUCGAUCAUCAGACCAUAUUUCCUUAAACAUGUGAUUGUUUAUAAUGAACUGUAAUUGAAUGCAUGAAACAGUUGUUCUGUUGCUUAACAGCUGAAAAUAGCUUGAUGUUUGUUGAUUGUGUGAAAUGUAUCAAAUAAAUCAUAUUGAUUACAUAAAAAAUAAAAUAUCAUUUUGCGUUACUUUGAAUGCAUAACAAACAAUUGUUACCAUACAAUCAUAUUAGUAUUGAACUUAAUUAAUACUUUAAGAUGCAAUUUUUACAAUAAUGUGUUAAUAUUGUCAUCCAUUCCAAAUAAGCAUUGUGCAUUCGUAAAUAUAGGGUGUAUAUACACUGCUUAGAUGCCUUUUUUAAAUUGCUUGUGUACGUCAUAUUGAUUAAAGACUCUUAUGUAUUGCAUAUUUGUGUGUGCCUAUGUCUUACUUAUCUCUUCAUAGUCCUUAAAUUACUGCAAAUAGUAUUUUAAUAAUGUUACGAUAUUUACGAUAUUUAUCUAAACUAUAACCAGGUUAUCUGUUAAUUUAAGUUUCAUACAUAAUAUUGUCUAGCUAAUUAAAUUGAAGUGUCUAUAUUCUCGCCAACAUGCAUUGUCGGUGUAUGGUUUAGACAAAGCACAUUACACAACUCAUGUUGUUUUUCUCCAUCAUUAAUAACCAAUGUUUAUUCCGUAGAGGUUAUACUAAAUAUUUCAUUUGUGCAAUGCUUUGCUCUCUUAAUAAAUCGGCACUAUUUAUUGAUUUUUAUAUGGGCACUUCCCAUGACUUUAUUCGUGCAUAUUUCUUUGAAUGUGCGGUAGGGAACACAUUGCUUGCUUGAAGGUUAGAAACUUAAUGUUGACAUCUUGAAAGAAGGCAGUAAACAUUUAACUGCAGAGUAGCUGGGAAAAAGAUUGCUGUUAAACAAUGUAAGACAGAACUCCACGCAAAAUAUGUCAUGCAUGCGAUAUGCAUGAACUAUCUUUUUAAAAUAAUUUGGAUCUGAAUUAUCUUUAAGAAAUGGUAUGGUUAUGAGGGUCUCUAUGUGCAAAAUGUUGCAUUUAUUUAGUGUACAAGUUAUUGCUUAAACAUUGAUUUUGUUAUGGAAAUAAUAUAGUUUAUGUGACUUAAAGAGAUAUACAUGUUUAUGUUAGUGAUGUGUUUUUGCUGAUCCAAGUCUGUUCCUACACACUAUUUAAAGUAGAUAACUACAAGUUAUCUCAUUUAAAUGGGAAAAGUAUUGUACUGUGAAAAAGUGUUGUGAGUUCAAAUAAAAAUACUAUGAACCGU